GAGCUCGGGGUCCCUGCGGCUGCGCUGCUGAGAGGGGGGAGCUGAGCGUCUGUCUGUCUGUCUGCAGGCGUGAAUUCGGAACUUCCUGGUCAGGGAUUCAGCAGCUCUGUUCCUUAGGAAAUCAUUCCUGCCUAUCAACAAUACCAGAGACAAUGUCUUCUGGAAAUGACUGUCGACCCCAGACUUUGACCAAACCAGCAUUGAGUGAGAAAGAAGCAGCUGAAUUGGUUGACAGGGUGUUUGGAUUAAAUGUGUCUUGGCUGAGGCCACUCCCCAGCUAUGACGAUCAGAACUUCCACGUGGGUGUCUCGGGAAACAACAACGGGGCUGAAGGUGCCAAUGAGUAUGUCCUGAAAAUCACCAACUCGGCAGACAGCUGGGAGCCUGAGCUCAUCCAAGCGCAGACCCAGGCCAUGAUGUUUCUCAGUGCUCAAGGCUUUCCUUCAGCUACUCCUUAUCUCACAAAAGAUGGUUCCAUAAUGUCUCUGGAGUCGGGAGAUCCUGGGAACAAGAAGCACAUGGUCAGACUGCUGAACUACCUGCCAGGAACGCCGGUGGCCAAAAUUGCCCCCAGUGCCCAGCUCCUGUAUGAGAUCGGUAAACUGGCUGCCAGCCUGGACAAAGCGCUCGCAGAGAAAUUCCAUCAUCCAUCAGUAAAAAGUCUGCAUCGAGGUCAGUUCAUUUGGAACCUGGCAAAUGUUCCUCUUCUAGAGCAGUACAUUUAUGCCUUGGGCCAGAACAAAUACCGUGCAGUUGUGGAACAAGUUAUUGAGCAGUUUAAAGGGAAAGUGAUACCCAAGCUAAGCAGUUUUCGAGCCUGUAUCAAUCAUGGAGAUUUUAAUGACUACAACAUCCUAGUAGACUGCAGUUCUACUUCCCUGGAGAACCCCCAGUACAGAGUGUCGGGCAUCCUGGACUUCAGCGACAUGAGCUACGGCUAUUACGUGUUUGAGGUCGCCAUAGCCAUCAUGUACAUGAUGAUCGAGAGCCCAGACCCUCUGGGCGUUGGGGGGCAUGUUCUGGCGGGGUUCGAGAGCGUGGUGCCGCUCACGGCUGAGGAGAGAGGGGCCCUUUUCCUCCUGGUGAGCGGCAGGUUCGCGCAGUCGCUCGUCAUCGCCGCCCACACGGCUCUGCUGUACCCGGAGAACAAGGAGUACCUCAUGAUCACAGCCAAAACCGGCUGGAAACACUUAAUGACAAUGUUUGAGAUGGGCCAGGAGGCGGUGGAGAAGAAAUGGUUUGAGACUGCCCAGGCGUACACGCACCGCGCACCUGCCCCGUCGGUCGGUGGCUGCUGAGGUGUCACUGGCAGUGACACUGGACCAAAUAAAGGCAAUAAAGUGGGCGCUGCCUGGA